AUUAUCUUCUAAGCUUUUGUUUUUUGCUUUAUUUUUUUUUUUUUUGGUAGCUAUAAAUAUAAAUACAUUAAUAUCUCCACAUUUAAAAACCAGCAACCUCAUCAUCUAAUUCUAGGUCUAGCUCCACAAAAUUUUGAUAGGGUUUGAAUAAUCGCAUGGGCAUUUUUGUGGUGGAGGACUUGGCAGCAAAGAAAGAACCAGUACUCAUGGAGGAUCAUCGUGAUUGUAAUCGUCAUCAUAGUCAAUCUUCUUCUGUGACCAAAAUUGAAAGGAAAAUUGUUGAGAAAAACAGAAGAAAUCACAUGAAAGUCCUCUUUUCCAAGCUCAACUCUCUCCUCCCACCCCAAAAUUCCAGGGAGGCACUAACAUUGCCUGAUCAAGUAGACGAAGCCAUAAAGUACAUAAAAAGCUUAGAGGCAAAGGUGAAGAAAAGUAAGGAGAAGAAGGAGUUAAUGAGUAAAAAAAGAUCAUAUAGUUCGAGUUUUGAAAAAGAGAAUAAUAAGGUGAUGGGAUUGGGGAGCAUAAGAUCAUCACCAAAGUUAGAAAUCCAUGAGAUGGGUUCCAUCAUUGAGAUAGUUCUCAUAACAGGUCAAGAUAAUCAGUUCAUUUUCUACGAGAUCAUUCGAAUACUUCAUGAAGAAAGAGCUGAUGUUAUAAAUGCCAAAUAUUCAGUCUUUGGAGACUCAAUUUUCCACCUAGUACAUGCAGAGAUGGCGGAGUCGAUAUUUACUUUUGGAGGUACGAAGAUAAGUGAGAGAGUGAAGAGAUUUGUGAGUGGAUGUUGUAGUGAUGUAGAAUCACAGCCAGAUCAUCAGUACUGGUGGGAUGACUUUGAAAUCCAUCCUGAAUUGUUGGAGUUUUAAUAAGUGUGUUAAAUUGUUAAAAAAAAAAUAUUAAUAAAUAAGUGUGUUAAAGUAA